CUGAAUUCACAGGCGCACAUUUUGAAUGAAUGAGACCAAAAAGGGAAAAGCCAUUAAAAUACAGAGCGACGCUUGCCCUAAGCCAAAAUCCAUCUCUGCUUGCUUGUUUGCGAUACAAAAACAGUUUUUUACAGAGUCACUGCAGAUUCAGAUAGAGAUUCUUUCCACACCACACUCCAUGCAUGACGUUUAAACACUUGCCUUUCCCUUGAAAUCCCAAUAGAUCCUUCCCUACCAAAUCCUUAACCCGUACUUUUUUUGAAAGAAAACGUACACAAUCUGUUAACUAGGUGAUACUCUGUCAUUUUUUGUAGCCGAAGAGAGAGAGAGAGAGAGAGCGGAGGGAAUCAAUCAUGCCUAAAGGUUCGAAGAAGAGAAAAGCUGCUAAGAGAAAGAAAGAACUAGAAGCGAAUAACAGUAGCAGCGGCGGGGACAACCCUCAAGGGAAUGAUGAUGUGAAAAGCCAAGAUGAAAGAGGGAGUGAUGGUAGUGAGACUGGUUCCCCUGGGUCGCAGGACCAAGAUAACCACCAGCAUCCAUUUAAAGAUGGAAAUGCAGAACCUGACAAGAGGGAUCUGUCGACUACUGAAACAAUUGUCGGUAAUAACAACUCUGUGGAAGGAAUCACUGGGGAUGUCGAAGGUAACGAGCGAGUAGGAUCAGUGAAUGAUAAUUCAGUUCAAAUGGUGAGGGAAUUAAAAUCUAAGUCUACUGAGAUAAAUAGCAUUAAUAUUGAGCAUAGCCAAUAUGAGAUAGACACCCAUGACGAAUAUGAUUGGAGCUAUAGAACUAGUAGUUCAGAUUUCGAGUCUCGAGUGUCUGUGAGAAAACAUGAGACGCCAAACAUUUCAGGUUCGGAAGCUGAUUCAAAUGUUUUUGGGGUUAAGACCACUGAUUCCUUGUGCAAGGAGGAGCAGGUAUCUGAAGCUCCGCACUUGGGGGAUGCUACCAGUAGUUCAGUUACAGCAAUUGCUCCUGUAGUUGACUCAGGUACGCCAGAGCUGUCCACGUCAGUUGAGGCAAUCAAUAUUAUUGAAAGUGCUUCUGUCAAGAAUUCAGCUGUUUGUGAUGCUAUUCAAUCUGGAUCGAAGAAUAAUGAUGUUAACUUGCUGCCAACAUUCAUAGCUGAUAUACUGACUGAGUUGGAUGUGGCAUCAAAGGAAAAUAAGGAUAACGUUCUCCCCUCUGUUGAUGAGAAUUUCGGUAAAUCUUCGGCUGUAGUUGGAUCUGCUGAAAGUGGAAAUGGUGGUAAGAUGUUGGCAUCAGCAGACGCACCUACUACUGAAACGAGCAAUGGUGCUGAACAUACUAAAGACGCUCAGAUUCCUGAUUCUUCUGAAGACCGGCCUCUUUUAGAGUCAGCUCCGCGAAUGUCCCAAAGAACCUCUUUGUUUAGUUGCUGCGGAUUAUUUGAUGUGAUAACAGGCUCCAAUAGAUAAUUCCAGGAACAAGUUAACAGUGGGAGCUAUAUGCGCUGGAAUUUUGUGGAAGUAUACAAGGGAUUUUGUUGCAGGAGGUUGCUCUAUUUGCGAUCAGAAUAUAUUUCAGGUCCUUCAAAGAUAAUUUAGAAACACACUUACUGGACAAGUAACUAGAAACUUUAUUGUGAUUGUAGAAACUUGUGGACAAACUCAGUGUCCUUAGCUUUUGGUACAUUUGUGAAUUUUUCAGUUAGAGCUUUUGUUAUACCUAUUUCCAUUUUGUUGGGGUUGAGUAAAAACCUGAACCCAGCAACACAUAUUACUUAUAUUAGUAUAUUACAGUAUUAUUCUGUCUUU